CUGGCCCAGAGGGAGGAGAACCCGGCCCAGAGGGCGCACCUGGCCCAGAGGGCGCACCUGGCCCAGAAGGCGCACCUGGCCCAGAGGGAGAAGAACCCGGUCCAGAGGGCGCACCUGGCCCAGAAGGAGGAGAACCCGGCCCUGAGGGCGCACUUGGCCCAGAAGGAGGAGAACCCGGCCCAGAGGGCGCACCUGGCCCAGAGGGCGCACCUGGCCCAGAGGGCGCACCUGGCCCAGAAGGCGCACCUGGCCCAGAGGGAGGAGAACCAGGCCCAGAGGGCGCACCUGGCCCAGAGGGCGCACCUGGUCCAGAGGGCGCACCUGGCCCAGAGGGAGGAGAACCCGGUCCAGAAGGCGCACCCAGUCCAGAGGGUGGAGAACCCGGUCCAGAGGGAGGAGAACCCGGCCCUGAGGGUCCAUCGGGUCCUGAAGAAGGUCCGGAGGAGCCCAAAAAGCCGGAAAUGCCGGAAGGACCUGAUGUCACCACUCUGGCACGUCUUGUUACGAUAGUGAAAACCUUCACCUGGAUCCAAGAUCAGCCAACAGUUUCCGAGGCGUCCGGUACCCCAGAAGUCAUAGAUGGCGUGACGAUGGGUCCAGAACAAGCCUUCGACGGGGUCAUCGAUACAUUCUGGAGUCCAACAGGGUUAGCGGUAAAUUAUAACCAAUGGACAAUAGUCGUGGACCAGGGUCAACCAACUACAAUAGACAAGAUAAGUAUCACGACCACUGGCGAUUCAGAACACGACGUCACGUCCUUCACCCUGCAAAUCCCGACAGCAGAUCCGAACACCUGGGAAGACGUCGCCACUUUUACGACGGUCAAGACGGGUACGAGUGCGCCGCAGGAGUUUGAAGGCUUCUUGGUGACUUCUCAAGUCUUCCGUAUAGUUAUCACAGGCACCGCUACAGGACAGGCUCCCAGACUGGCAGGAAUAACUUUCCACGGGCAGCCAGGAAAUCCACUUAAAGAUCUGGAUUUGAGCACCAUAGACACAGAUCUUGGAAUCCCGUCUGCCCAAGUAGUCGGACUGGUGACAGAAUUGACAUCAGCCAAAUUCCACUGGCUAGCGGGAAAACCGGAGUGGAUAGUAGGGGCCACAGCUGACGCAGCUGCUGUUUUCGACGACAGUACUGACACCUUCUGGAACCCUGUUGGCUUUAACAGAUACUACAACGAAUGGUUCCUGAUUUUCGACUUCGGCGAGCCUUACACUAUCGACGAGAUCAGCAUCCAAAACUUCGGCGACACCGACCACGACGUGAAGACAGCUGUCCUGCAGAUGUCCGCCACUGGCGCCGCCGGCAGCUGGGCAGGAACGAUCAACAUAAACUGCGCUGCGGGCAGCUCUGCUCCACAGUCCUUCCGCGGGUUCAUCGGGACAGCGCAGUAUUGGCGACUCCUGAUCACCAGCACGUUCUCAGGGUAUCAGCCACAGAUCAGGGAGAUUGGCUUCAAUGGGAUGGUCGGCUCGCCACCUGGCGGGAUUGACGUGAACACAAUACAGCUGGAAGAAACUUCAGGGUUCUCCAUCGGCGCGUGGGUCGAGUCAAUCAAACAAGAAGUGCAAACCCUAAUCGCGCCAGCUAAGAAGGACGGUAUGUCUUCAGCCUCAGGUGACCACAAAAUGCCUGUGGCGAUCUGGAGGAACAGUUUGAAAGCCAUCCAGGAGGACAAACUUCGCCGCAAGGAAGCCAAACCAGCCGUCGACAGCAAUGUUAUCGAUGACCUGAAGAAAAUCGACGACAUCAAGAAGUCCGAGACUGCAGAAAAGAAGUCCAAAACGCCGACAAAAAAGUACAAGUCGGUAGAAAAGAAACAUCAUCACUAAAUAAGAUUCGUAGUUAGUCUCAAUGAUGGUAGGAUUUUAUGUAUUUCAUAUCAUUAGAACAUUUGUAUCCUAGACAAUGUUGAGAGUUUCCGUAAGGUAUAACGGUGAAUAUGUAAGCAAGAUUUUAAAAUGAUAUAUUUUAGCGUAACGUCGAAGGCAAUGUAUAUGCAACAGCAAAGGUGUAGUGAUAAUCUUCCUUAUGAAUGCGGUGUAUAUUGAGGUCAAUGGUCACUAACAUACUAAUUACCAUUUUUCAUGGUAGGUGCCUUAUGUAGACAUUGGGCUGUGGGUGAUGCUAAGACAGUAGAUAAUAAAAAUAUCUAAUGACGCAAUGACUAGGAAUUUACUUACGAACAAAAAACGAUCGCGGAUUCGAUUAUGUAGUCCCAGCGAAAGACACAAGUAAUUACACUACUACACUUAUGUGGUAUUACCAUUUUAUUGUGCUCAUUCAGUUCAGUGUUCAGAUAUCUAUAUACUGAUUUUACGUGGUGUAGACGACAUGACUCUGGCAAUUCUUGCAGGUACGUCUUCUUGAUCACGUAGUCCAAACCGUUUAUUUACCAAAACGUUACCAAUUAAUUUCUCAUUUCAUGCAGGAUAUAUCAAUGCAUCAAACCCUUCAUAUAGCAUAGGUAGAAAUGUCAUUACAGUAACUGUUAGCACACCAUUAAUUUAUCGAUGUUUGUUUCAUUACUCUUGUAUACCAUUGUUUUGCCGUGUAUCUCUAUGUUUUACAUGUUCAUCUGCAACUUUUGUACCUGCGAUGAUUUAACCAAAUAAAGGAUUCGGUGUCUUAA